AUGUCGAGACCCCCUCUCAGUAGUUUGGCCAUGCUUCCUUGCAGCUUAUCGGUACUAUGCACUCUCCUUGCUCUCGCAGCUGCUUCUCCAGCCCCAGUAUCGCCCUCUGGACCGGCGAAACUGCUCUUGUCCCACUCCCAGAGGCUACCACUAGCAACAAAAUAUCAUCUUUCUCUCCUCAACACUCGCUUCGGACGGCAUCCGGUGGGGAACAUAUUUAGAUCUCUCCUAAAAAGGAAGAUGUCGCCCGGGCCUAUUGAUGUUACUCGGAUCCAUUCUCUCAAUGCGUUUCGACAGGCGCAUGAUACGGUAAGAAGGGCACAUGAAAUUGGUCCAAGGGAACGCACAAUGAUCAGGCCCGAAAUUGCUAUACUUGCGGGCCUCCUAGCGGAUCAUCACCACAUCCCAUCCAGGACCGUCUCGCAGACAAAGUUUUCUGGUCGGAACAUGGCAUCAAUCACUCAUUCCCUUCUUCAGAACUCUCGUGUGCUGAGGAGCAAGCUUGGACAGUAUGUCGGGAGAAAAGCAGCUCCAUUGGGAACAUCAAAAGACUUUGCAGGACUUUUUCGCACAUCUUUGCCAACCGCAAAUCGCAUGGGGCUAACUGGUGAUGAUUGCACGGGCUCAUCAGAAUGUGCGGAUGGAAGGAUCUGUUUAAACACACAGGCCGACACGUGCUCUGCUGGCGAGGACUGCUUGUGUGUACCUUCGGACGGAUUUGAGCCAUGCACGUCUAGCCCCGAUUGUUUGACAGCUGGAGAAGUGUGUGUGCAGCUAGGUAACAGCACAGUGUGUCUGUCGGAGGAAACUGCAAAUGCCUUAGAUUUUCCGAUUGUGGACGCCGAGAGCUCUGAUGAUCCCGUAGAGACACCUGCAAGUAAUAGUACAGACCCCAAUGGGGGGAGUGGUGAGGGGAUUACCGGUGCGAUCUGCACGAGCUCAUCGGAAUGUGCGGAUGGAAGGAUCUGUACAGACGGAUUCAUCGACACCUGCCCUUCUGGCGAGACUUGCAUAUGUGUACCUUCGGACGGAAUUGAGGCAUGCACGUCAAGCGCCGAUUGUUCAACAGCUGGAGAAGUGUGUGUGCAGCUAGGCAACAGCACAGUGUGUUUUUCUGAAGAAACUGCAAAUGCCGCAGAUAUUCCGAUUGUGGACGCCGAGAGCUCUGAUGAUCCCGUAGAGACACCUACAAGUAAUAGUACAGACCCCGAUGGGGGAAGUGGUGAGGGGAUUACCGGUGCGAUCUGCACGAGCUCAUCGGAAUGUGCGGAUGGAAGAAUCUGCACAGACAUAGAGAACAUCGACACGUGCUCUUCUGGUGAGACUUGCAUAUGUGUACCUUCGGGUGGAUUUGAGGCAUGCACGUCAAGCGCCGAUUGUUCAACAGCUGGAGAAGUGUGCGUGCAGACAAGUGAGAGCACAGUGUGUUUUUCUGAAGAAACUGCGACUUCUGCAGACAUUCCCAUCGUUGGCGACGACACCACUGAUGACCCUGACUCCAGCGCCGGUAGUGGUGACGGGAUUACCGGUGCAAUCUGCACGAGCUCAUCGGAAUGUGCGGAUGGAAGAAUCUGUACAGACAUAGAGAACAUCGACACGUGCUCUUCUGGCGAGACUUGCCUAUGUUUACCAUCGGACGGACUUGAGGCAUGCACGUCUGGCGCCGAUUGUUCAACAGCUGGAGAAGUGUGCGUGCAGCUAACUGAGAGUGCAGUCUGUUUUUCUGAAGAAACCGCAAAUGCUGCAGACAUUCCCAUCGUGGAGAUCGAGAGCUCUGGUACUCCGGAGGAGACACCCGCAAAUGAGGACGCAGACUCACAUGGUGGCAGUGGCGACGGGAUUACCGGAUCGACUUGCACGAAGUUGCGAUUGCCGAAGGUAUUCCGAUCUUGGACGGCGUCCGCUCUUAACAUUCAUCUCCGAAGGUUAAGAUUUGAGAAACGGUGUUUCUACCACGAAAGAAGGAGGAAGCAGCACCCCACCAGUGGAUGGGACCAUGAGUGUAUAUUUUCUCUCUCGAUUGUGGUGGAAGCUUUGUUUGGCUACAUCCCGGAAAUUCUAGCUAGAUAUCCAUGUAUUGAAUAUGGUGCUUGUGCUAUGGCUAGUCAAGCUAGAGCAUCGAUUGCAUGUCGAAUCACAGUAGAUAAAUCCCGUUUUGCAUUUAAGGAACAGAACAGUCAAACCUCCAUGAUUUGA